CCACUGAACUGUGAGUAAUAUUUCCCAGUGUGUUCAAUCAAUCUUGUUUUCCUCGUCCUGUCCUGUAUUUAUGUGAAGUGGUUUGUCCAUGUUAGUUGCCAAUACGAUGGGCACAUGAAUAUCAAGAGUCUUUAAUUUAUCUUUAGAAAUAAAUUCAAACAACACAAAAAAUGUGGUGUAUUCAGCGAGAUUGUUUCUCAGGGUAAAAUUAUAUUUAUUGCCAUCAAACUCAGUUCUAUAGAACAUUUAAAACUGCGUCUUAGGACUUCUUGCCUUAAGAGUGCUUAUCUACUCAUUUGCAAUGUUUGCUGAUAAAUAAUUGUUAAAUGUUUUAUUAAAACGGUACAUAAAAAAAAACUAAUUCAUUCCAUUUUUCGGCACCCUUGUUUUAUUACUCUUUCUGUAACCUCAUUGUUUACAUUUUUUGCCAAUUUAACAAAAACAAACUUUCAAUGAAUUUUAUUGUCUCUAACACCCCCCCUCAAUAAAAUUACACUGUCAUAAAUUGAAUGCUACCCUUUACAUUAUCUAACCAGGUUAUAUUAAGUUUACUCAAAAUAUAUGGAACAGUUACUAUUCAGUGUUUGGUUCACAAUUUUCCAGUCCAAGACAUUUUACAAAUUUGAGGAAUGGAUGUCUGCUAAGGGUUUUUGUGAGUCCAUCAGCAACUUGGUCAUGGGUACUGACAUACAUAACAUUUAUGAUUCCCUCAGCGAUUUUUUCCCCUUAUAAAGUGGUGUCGAAUGUCCACAUGUUUCAGUCUUUUAUGGUUUUCGGGAUUCUGUUACUCUGAUGGCUGCCUGGUUGUCCCCGUAGAUGAGCACUGACUCACCUGCCUGAAAAACACCAAGGUCUCCCAGAAUUCCUAUCAUCCAACAAGCCUCAGAUGCAGCUGAGCUUAAAGCCAUAUACUCAGCCUCUGUUGAUGAGAGUGCCACUGUGGGUUGCUUCUUUGAUGCCCAUGUCACUGUACAGCCUUGAACUUGAAACACAAACCCUGAUGUUGAUUUUCAGUCUUCUAGGUCACCACCCGAAUCAGCAUCCACAUAUGCUUGCACCCCUGAGGUUUUCUCUUGACGUUUGUACACGAGUGACAGUCCUAGGGUUCCUUUGAAAUAACGUAAAACCCGUUUUAAUGCUGCCCACAACUGAUCGCUCGCACUGGUCUGAUGUCUGCUUAACAAGCUGAUUGUAGCACUUAAGUCAGGCCUUGAGCCUACCGCUGCAUACAUAAGACUUCCGAUCAGCUGACAUCUUGUUUCUAACCCCUUGUCUUCAGUCCUUAGAUCAGACACAGACAUUUUGAAGGAAGGAUCCAUCGGGGUUGCUACAGGUCUGCAGUCUUCCAUUCCAUACUUUGCUAAGACUGUUUUUAGGAAAUGAGUCUGGUUUAUUUUUAGGGUCCCCAAUUUUCUGUCUCGAGAGAUGCAUAUUCCCAGGUAAUUUGAUGCUUCCCCGAGAUCUUUCAUCUUAAAGUUUUCCUUCAAUUUUUCUUUCAGCUUUAGAAUUUCCUUCUUGUUAUUCCCUACUAUCAGUAGAUCAUCAACAUACAAAAUCACGUAUAUUUUAAACUUUGAAGAUGUUUUCACAUACUGUACAAACAAUAGUCGUGCUUAGACCUUUGAAAUUUCUCUUGCACUAUCACUUCAUUAAAUUUCUCAUUCCAAUGUUUUGGGGAUUUUUUCAAACCAUAGAUGGACUUGUUAAGCCGAUACACAGUUUUUCCAUCACACUUCAUUCCUUCUGGUUUAGCCAGGAAAACUUACUCUUCAAUAUUUGCAUACAAGAAUGUGCUUUGUACGUCCAUCUAAUAAAUUGGCAUGUCCAGCUGAUUUGCAAUCGACGGCAAAAUUCUCACUGUUCCCAAUUUUGUGACUGGUGCGUAGAUUUCUCCUAGAUCUAAAAUAUUCUUCUGCUCAAAUCCCUUUGCAACCAGCCUUGCUUUAUAUUGUGUCGGUUUUCCAUUCAGAUCAUAUUUUAUUUUGAAUACCCACUUGCAUCCUAUUAUUUGACAAUUCUCCGGGGUCAUCACUUCAGUCCAUGUAUUGUUUUCUUCAAUAGAUUUCAACUCAGUGUCGAUAGCACAUUUUCACAUUGCACUCUCACUACUCUCCAUGGCCUCUUGGUAACUAAGGGGUUCAGUCAAUGAACAUAAACCAGUUUCAUGAUCACUGAGCCUUUGUUUAUUUAAACCUUUGCGAUCCCUCAGACAGUCUUUCUUCUGAUUAUUUUUAGUAACUUGUUCUUCACCUGAACUACAAUUGGUGACUAUAGACUCUGUGGAGGCCUCAGAUCUAGUGUGCAGAGGUGGUUCACUACAUUCACUCACUACAACGGUGUCUUUCUUUUGCUUAAAACCCUUAAACUCUUCCUCCUCUUCUUCUGACUGAUAGAGAUCUUCUUGAGUGUGUGCAUUUAUUUUCUCUCCAGUGUCCGGCACAUUUAUGUAGCUUUCAUUACCUUGUUUUACCACUUCUUUUGUGUAGCUUGUUUCCUGCCUGAAGACAAUAUUUCUUGUGAUUUCUAUCUUUCUUUGGCUAGGAAUCUAAACCCCCCAUUCGUCCCAGGCACUCGCAUGGGUACCACCAACUCCCCUCACAGCAGUGGAAAUUUAUGGGAAUGAUGAAAGAGCAGUCACAGGUGGAAAAAAAUAUAUUACAUUCAACUUUAAAUGCCAUUUGACAAGAUAAAAUAUUUAUUGAAAUUAAUCAAAUUUUUGGCUUAUUCCAAUACACUUCAAAAAUUGAAUUAAUUGAAAAAUUAAGAAUAAUGGAAACAAAUUGCAAACAAUAUUCAAUUACUAGUACUGUUUCAUCACUUAUUUUUCUCAAGGCACAUUCUCCCAAUAAAGGUUGGCGCUCCACAUAGCCAGCUCCAGACAUUAUUUUGCAUCAUGAAAAGCUUUAAAACUAGGUUUGACCUCCCACGGGGAAUUAAACGCUGUUGCCUUGGUGGGAGGCGAGUGUUCUGACCACUCAAUCACCGUGCCUCAUAGAGGAAUGACGUCAAUCCUACAGAGAAUUGCCAAACCCAAUUUUUGUACACUCACUAGUGAAAUUAGGUAUCGUUAUCGUAUUGAAUUAACAAACUGUUGGAAUUAUUCCGCUAUCUUUUUUGCUGGUGGAAUAGCAAUAUUCCUCUAGAGAUUUGAGGGUUUUUGUUCGUCUGAACUUCGGUGUGUUGAAAAUGGACGAUCUAUCAUGUUUCUGAAAUACUUUAAAAUCAUGUGGAUAAAAUCAUGUGGAUGGUUUGUAAGGUUAGCUACAUUUAAAUUUGGUAAAAUAAUGUAGAUGGCCAAGUUAGAUUAGCUACAUUUAAGUGCAGCAGUAACUUAUUUAUCUCAUUAUAUUACAUUAUGUAUAUUCAGAUAAAAACACAUAACGUGAUACUGUAGUUAGGCCUAAUCAUCUUAGUCGUAGGUUAUAUUUGAUUGAAAUUUGAUUUAAUUCUAAAGGGAAGGAAAUGUUUAUUUGUAUGAACUCUAUGUCUAAUUUACUGAAUUUAAAAAUUGUAACACUAGUGUCAUUCAACCUAUAAAAUUCAUAUAUUUGUAAGAAAUAACUUGUAAAAUUACUUCAAUAUAAAGUUUAAAGAUAUUAUAUUUUUUUCUUCUUUGGGAAUGUCAAACAAUGUCUUAAAUAUUAACAAAAGUUAUAUUUGGAAUUUUACAUGAAAAAAUUUUUUUUUACUGUGUAUAAAUUUGAUACAUUUUUGCUAAUUAUGUUUUGUGAUAAGUACUAUUACACAGUUUCCUUGUAACCUAAUUAAUUUUUCACACUAAAUAUUGCAAAAAUAUGUCAUGUUAUGAUUGGUUAGAACUAUUGUGGUUGGCUUACAUAAACUGAAUUAGUAUAAAAUAGUAUACCUACUGAUUCUGGGAUUGAAAUGCACUCCAAAUGAGUCCGGUUACAUAUGAAUUUCACUGUCUAAAGAGAUUGUGAAAAUAAAGGUCAUCCUUAUUAUCCCAGCCUAUUUUGCAUACCGUAAAAUGGGGUGAAUAGGAACAGUGGGGUGGAAAGGAACAAAACUUCAUGUAAAUAUAAAAAAAAUCAUGUGAAGCAUAAUUGCAGUGCAAUGUCUUUGAGUUAAUUUUUUGUCAGUUUGCUAACAUGAUACUAAGAUGAGAAAUUAUAUUUUACACUGUUGGUACCACUGAGUAACAAAUAACACAGCUGUAAAUUUUGUGCUCUAGAUUCUAUGAAAUAUUUAUUCCCCAAAACUUCAUCUAUUAUGACGUGUGCCUAAACAAUGCCACGAAAAUAUCAACCAGUUACUGAGCGUAAGCAUGCAGAUUGCCCACCACAUAUUCUCAAGUUGGCUGUUACGCACAUUCAAAAUGGUCUUUCUUAUAGAAAGUGCUCACAAAAAUACAACAUUCCAACGACAGUGUUGCACAGACACGUUAAGAAAGGAGAUAAAAUAAAAAAAAAAGGUGGACAGACAGUUUUAAGUGAGGAGGAAGAGAAAAUAUUGGUUGAUCGUCUCCAAGUGUGUGCUGAAUGGGGAUAUCCCCUAGAUUCGCUUACCUUGCGAUUAAUUGUAAAAGAUUUUCUUGAGCGACAGGGAAAGAAUGUGCCCAGAUUCAAAGACAAUACACCUGGUCGCGAUUUUGUUUAUUCAUUUUUAGAGCGUCAUAAAGAAGCUCUGUCAGCUCGGAUGUGCCAGAAUAUUAAAAGGGCCAGGGCAGCAGUGUCACAUGAUGUCAUAUCUAAAUACUUUGAUGAACUGGAGAAAGAGUUGAUGAAUGUUCCCCCUUCUCAUAUCAUCAAUUUCGAUGAAACCAAUUUGAGUGAUGAUCCUGGAAAGCGUAAAUUAAUUUUCAGGCGGGGUUGUAAAUACCCUGAACGUGUAUUGAACUCUUCCAAAGCUUCCAUUUCAGUCAUGUUCGCGGCAAGUGGAGAUGGGAAAAUCUUGCCUCCCUAUGUCGUGUACAGAGCACAACAUUUGUACGACAGUUGGAGGGUAGGUGGACCACAAAACUCAAGAUACAACCGUACCAAAUCUGGUUGGUUCGAUAGUUUUUGUUUCAGUGAUUGGGUGGAGACAAUCGCCAUACCCUAUUUGAAGAAACUUGAUGGGACAAAAUACUUGAUUGGGGACAAUUUAGCUUCUCAUCUGUCAGUUGACAUCAUACAGCUCUGCAACAUUAACAACAUCAAAUUCAUAUUUUUACCCACAAACUCUACACACCUCACACAACCUCUCGAUGUUGCGUUCUUCAGACCCAUGAAGAAUUCAUGGCGUCAAAUCUUGGAAGAAUGGAAGAAGGGACCAGGCCGAAAUGAGGCAUCUGUACCCAAAGACAAAUUUCCUGGCUUGUUAAAGAAGUUGGUUAGCACACUUAAAGAAGAUAAUGUACGAUCUGGUUUCAGAAAGUGUGGCAUUGUGCCUUUAUGUCGGAACAAAGUCCUUCAGAUGUUACCAAGCAUUGACAGCAGCGCCCAGAGCGAAACUCAAUCAACUCAACAGUCCCCAGCAGUGCAAGCCAUAGACAGUACUUUUAAAGAGCUGUUGAAGAGCUUACGGCAGUCUGACUCUCCCAAAACCCGACAGAAGAGAAGAAGAGUUACGGUUAUUCCUGGCAAAAGUAUGGAGGUGAAAGACUUUGAAGAAUCUGCAGUUGUGUUUGAACCAGGACCCUCAGGACUAGAAACAAAUGGUAGAAAGCUUGCUGGAGGGGCCCCCACAAAGAAGACCAAAAUUCCAGUAAUCACAGAAUCAUCAUCAUCUGAUGACUCAGAUUAUUGUGUACAAGAAAGUGAUGAGUACACAUUGCAAACAAAUUCUGAAGAGGAACCACGUUUGGGAACUCAUGUUAGUCAUGUCACACCGGUAUCGACAAGUGUUCAUCAUCCAGGAGACUAUUUGGUGGUUAAAGUGUACGGGAAAUCAAAGAAUGUCUUCAGACUCUAUGUCUGCAAAGUAAUGCAUCCAGAAGAUGAUGGUUACGUAGGAGUCUUUUACAAAAGGAACCCUCAAACAUGUAGAUUUUUCCCAACAGAUGAAGAGGCAUUUUUCAGUUCCGAAGACAUUGUCACAAAAUUACAACUUAGUGACACAGAAAAGGCAUCUUCCAGAUUCAAAAAUAUGAUUAGUUUUAAAAAUGAUCUCAGUGAUCUUUUUCUGUAUUAGAUACUGUUCUUCAAAUAAGAAUUCUCUCUUUAUGUGGAGAGAACUGGUAGGUACCAAUGUGCAUUUCUGAAGUUGUAUGAUUUACUCAGUAGAAAAUGUAUUUCUUUCUAAGUAUUAACAAUAUUUUUCGUAACACUUAUGAUAAUGUAAAAUGAAAAGGGUAUAUUUUGUGUAUUUAUAAGUUGAAAUUUCAUAAAAAUUUGUAUUUUCGUAUUAAAAUGUUUUAUAUUCAAUUAA